AUAUAUUAAGAAAAGUAUAUACUAUUUGACUCUUUUACAGCAGUAGCAUUUUUAUUCACAUCUAAAUGGAGAUGUUUAUAUCUUUCUUAUCGUACAAUGAAUUUCUACUAUACAAUGAAUAUAAUACUUAUUAUAAUUCAUUAAAAUUAUUAUAUACGUUAAAGUGAUAUUAAAUAAAUGUUUAUCUAGGUUAGAUCAAAACAAGAUUGAUGUCAAUUUAAAAGAAAGGAAACAAGAACAUUAGAUCAAGUAUAAGUAUUUCAUUCAGGUGAUCUUUUAUGUAUUAAAAAGUAUCAUAUAAAUAAAACUAUUAUUAUGUAAAAAAGAAUUAUAAAUUGAGAACGGAGUAAACUGAUUUAAACAUUUCCGUUUAAAUUUCUUGUAAUAUUAUUUGCUACCUGAUGGCGCUGAAGAUAUUAAUAUAGGCAAGUUCGUUUAUUAUCGUUCAUUUUUAUUUUGAAAUUAGUACUAGAGAGGAAAUUUUCUCUCUGUUAAUACAAAAUAACAUCACUUUUAAUUGAGAUACUACAGUCUAAACGUUAUCAAUAAUGGACGACGUCGAAGAACAGUGCGAAGACGCACUUUUUGAAUUAUGUGAUGCUCGAGAACGGUAUCCAUCACGAUGUGCCGACGAACUUCAAAAAUCUAUCAAAUUAAAAAAUGAGAUAAAUAUGCUGAAGGUGUUUAAAAAAUCAACUGCAACAAACGAACCAUUUAUUUUGAGUCAAAAUAAAUGUCCGAAUCUUGAUUUUAAUAAAAAUGAAAUGUGCUUUGACCAUUUAGAUUUUAAAUUACAAGAUGUUGUAAACAAGUUGAAUAAUUUAAAAGCUGUCAUGGAUCAAAUUGAACGAGAAAAGACAUGUUGGGUCAACAAGCUACUGGAAAGCUAAAAUAAUUUAUUCUAGAUAGUGUCAUAUAUAUUUAUUUGCAAUUUAGUUAUUGAAUAAAAUACAUGUACAAAAAAUUCUAUAUUUAUUACUACUAAAUGUAUAAAUUAAGUGAUAGAUAAAUA